GUUUCUUUGUGUGCUUGGAAGCCUGUUUCCCCCUAAGAAGCCUCUGUCUUCUCAGCUAAUGGAAGUUAGAUGUUUGAUGUCCAUAAUCUACAUUCGUGACUAUAAUUCUCAUCACCAGGAGGUGUCUGCAUACGUUGACUACGCAUACAGACUAACAACAGAUGAUUUUGAAGCCUACUUCAGUGGGAAGAAGAGACUUUUACCUCGGAAAACAGAUCUGAGCCUUCAUCCUGAAAUGCAAAAUCCAUACACAGCUGAAGUUCAAACAAUAUUCUUUUACAACUGGAAUAAAAACAUCUUCUCUUCAAAGCCCAGCCCAAAUUAUGAAGUGAUUGCAGAAAAUGCCUGUGGACUACUCUUCAAGAACAAAAGGGAUGGGAAAAUAAUAAAUGUGAAUCCCAAGGUCUACCCAGGAGACAACACAACACGGACACCUGUUAAAACAAACCUCUAUCUCCACGUGGUUAUCUACGACCAUAUAAUCAGAAGAGGACCCUAAGGUCCCCUUUCCUCCCAGUGAUUCCUUUAGCUACUUUAAAGUCAUUUGGAAGAAAAACAAGCAGUUUAAAAAAAAAAUAAACAGAAAGACCUUU